GAAGGAGGAGGAGGAGGAGGAAGGAGGCGUCCCUCCUCUCACCCCACCCUGGCCCUCUCCGGCCCUCCCCAGGGCUGACGGGGGUUUGAGGGCCCCUUGGCUGUGCUGAUGAAUCACCAGACUGAGUCGCCUCUUAACCAGGCCGGCUUCACCCAGCAUGAGGACACGGCCCAGUGCUCUAGGUGUAGAGGACGCGUGCGCUGGCCGUCAGGAUGUUUCCAUGGAGACGGAGGGGUGGGUGACGGCGUGAACCGGGGAGACAUGUUACCGAGGGAACCCUCUUCAGAGGUCGCCGACCACCCAGGGGAGGGAGGGAGCGAUUCUACCCGAGCAGCCCAGCGUGUCGACGGGGCGACCCCACCUCCAGCUCCUCUAGGUGGGGUGGUUGAGGUCCGUAGAGGACCCAGGCUGGUCCUCCCAGAGCCCUGUACACACUGCAGACAACCGGUACCCCCCACGACUACAGCGCCCCGGCCUUCUGGGCCCCCGACCUCAACGCUACACGGCUCAAACCAAUCGGUGAGCAGCAAGAGUGGCCGGGGUGGGGACAGUCAGUCCCCAUCCACCGCUGAGGCUACGGACAACGCCUCCUUCCUGGGCCUGCUGCUGGCCUGCCUCUCGUGCCAGUGCUCCGUGGUGCUGCUGGGUCUUCUGGAGGCGUGCUCCGCCUGCCUGCACCACCUCUGCGCCUGCUGCUGCCACUGCUGCGCCCAGUGCUGCGCCGAGGCGUGCGACGCGUCGGCCGAGACGUUCAGCUGCCACGCCCACUGCCACGCCGUGGUGUUCGAGUCCUGCUGCGAGUCCACCGAGUGCCUGGAGUUCUGCCUGGACUGCUGCCUCAUCUGCCAUCACAGCUGACCCCCCCCCGUCCCGUGGCAAUCGGAGCCUUAGGGCUUUACGUCCACGUUGGGGACCAUGUCGUGGCUCCUCCCACACAGAGGCGUCGCCUAAAAUGUGGCUCCGCCCACGUGACUGUUCUUCUUACAACAUUGUGAAAUUUUUCGAUGGAAAAUGUAUGGGGAUUUCACAGGGAUAUGUGUGCUUUUGUUGAUUUAUUUGAGCUGUUGAGUCUAACUUGAAAUUACAAAAUAGCUGAUGAAUGAGUGCCAUUGUCAUAUGGUCCCUUUCAAAGUCAAUUCCCUAGAAAAUCUUCAAUGAAAUGGAAAAGGAAACUACAAUAACCAAGCAGUAUAUUUAUAAUUGUCGUUAGUCACUCUUUGACUUAACCUACAUUUUAAUCACUAACAAUUUUAGGGCAGAGAUCUAUUACACUAAAAAGUGAUUAUUACUAUUAAUUAUAACCACCGAUCACCCUCCUACAAUACAACAGUCCUACAGAAUGAACUGAAACCCAGCUGUUGUUAACCAAAGUGUGCAGGGCUUUCUUAUACAAACACAAAACAAUACACUGAAGUUACACGUUUAAUAUUUGAAUGCACUGAUUCAUUAAGCGCGGACACAGAUUUAGUCAGGGUCAGUUUUGCGCACCAUAUUAAAUAUUUCUGAGUAAACAGCAGUAGCCAUAACACAGUGGGAUUCAUUAGCGCCACAAUGAAGCUGCUCUCGUUCCAAAACAAACAACCUCCAGCCGAUUCCUCCGAGUCAUUUCAUAGUAGUCCGAGAAACAUGAACCCAUGUAUAGAAGCUAUUUGUUAGAUAUGGAGGAUUCCCUGCCGAAUAUAUUGUGGUAUGUGCUAAGAAACAUUCUCCACGCAUCAAUUAAAGCUCUUCCAAAUCAAAAGAGAGGAUGGUAUACAAUCUUAUUUAUUUAGCGAGUUUUGGGGAAAAUAUAAAAUUCAGUGUUUUCUACUCAAGGUUUUGCGUUGAUUUAUUAAUCAGUAGCUCUUUGUCAAGGACAUUUUCUGUCUCUCUCCAGAUCAUAGGAUAACAUCUUUCACCUCAAUGUGAGAAAUAAUUCAACAAUGAUGUAUAAUUAACUCAUUGCACCCUGCAGUGCCAACGAAACCCUACUUCUCCACUCUGUCGAGUAAUCACAUCUGACACAACAAAAGAUUUUGUCCUCACCAAACCCCCCAAAGAAUACAUCGGCCCACACAUCAGUUUAAUGUCGGUGCAUGUUAACUUUGUACAUGAAAUAGCCAUGCACAGAUUGAACUCUGACCUCUGUGUGUCUCUUGAUGAAGGGGGGCAUGCUUUGGGCUCUACGUUCAGAUGAGGGUUUCUCAUGUCGUGUAGAAAGACUCCUGCUUUGAAUGGCUCCUGCAUCGCUCUUUGCAGCUGAAGAACGAGGUGAUGUGAAACUUGUCAGUCGCUUCUUAACUCCCCAUCCUCCACCUCCUUCCUUCCUCCUCCUCCUCCUGAAUCGCUUGCUUGCUUCUCUCGUAACAUGAAAGGACCACGUGCCGUUUAUUCUCCCCAGAUCUCCGGAGUCGGCCCUUCUGAGCUCUCAUUGUUUUCUCCGCGCGUGAUGACAGUGAAGAUAGCCAAAAAUAAAACAAAGGCGUGCACUUACAAGACAACACUAAACUGUCAAUCUGCACGACGCAAAUGAAGAGGCUCGUUUAAAGUGUGUCAUCACAACGGAAUCGAAUCAAAGGGUUUACUUUACCAACAACGGCUUGGGAUUCUGCUGCUGCCGGUGACAUGAGGCCGUGGUGACAUCUGAUUUGGAGUAGCGACCACAGCACAGCGAAUGUUACACACGUUUUGUUCCGUUUGUCCCGCUCAAUUUGUUACAGCGGUACCGUAACACUCGAGGCCAUAAUGUGUGCAGAGGAAAUAAUAGCCCCAUAGCACAGGAACAAUGAAUGCUUAAUCUGUAGGUGUAGAGAAGGCCUGACAAAUCAGGAUUAUUAGUGUGUCUGAAUGUGAAGGCUUGCAGUAGUGUUGGACAGUAGAUGUGGUCGAUCAGUAAAACAAACAGAAUAAUUAAUAAUCUGUACACACUGCAUUAGGCCUAGAACUACCAUGUCCAGGUAUGCAUACGAUUUGUGUUGCGUUUAACAGUGAUUGUUCACAUUGCCCAAAUGUGGCACUAUUUGAAGUGAAAAUUAUUUAAAAAACUAAAAGUAUUUUCUGACACAACCACGCAGACACACGCACAUAAUGAGGGGAUAUGGUGACGGUUGUCCGCAGUGAGUAACGGCGAGUGGACUACACAUAAAAGAUGACCCACUGGUGAACAGAAGGCUAUGUUUUAAAACUCGAGUCGUUUCUUUUCUUCUUCCAAAAGCCAAAAACCUUUGAGCACAUUUGCAGAAGACCGUGUGUCUAUUUGUAUUCCUCCACGCCACCCUAAAGCUCAGUGACAAUGUUUGUAACCUUCUCAAUCAAAACAAAGGUUUGCGUGUUGCGUGUGUGUGAAGUAGCGUCUUUAAAAACAAAGAAUAAAAAGAAAAACCAUAACAGCUAAUAGUCAGUCUGUCAUGUGUACCCACUUGCUG